CCCUUGCCUUUUUUUUUCUUUCCUAAAACCGAGCCAACCUGUUGAGUGUCUCGGUGCUGGGUGUUGGCGCUCAGAGUGGAGGAAAGUUGCAGCUCUCGUCUCCGUCCGUUUGGGAGAAAUUUCCUCGUGUUUUUGUCGCUGCUGUUGUCGCCGAGUCUGAGCCUCAAGAGCGAAGAUGUCAAAGUUCUGUGCUUUGGUGUUUAUGACAUUCGUGUCUCUGGUGUUUGCAGAAGAACAGAACCCUGAAGAUGACCCCUUCACCUUCGAUUAUCACAGACUGCGUGUUGGAGGCCUCAUCCUAGCUGCUGUCCUGUGUCUCAUUGGCAUCACCAUCCUGCUCAGUGGACACUGCAGGUGCAAGUUCAACCAGGACAAGAGGAGGAGGACAGGAAGCAGUGCUCAGCAGAUGCUCUCUGACCAAGGUCGAGCCUGCGACUGCUAGAUGUGGAUCAGAACACGAUGACUUCCCAAGCCUGCAACCAACAGCCAACAGAGGAGCAGCCGCGGGAUUCCCAACAAGAGAUGCUUUUGUUGUUUAUUUAGGGAGACCCAACAGGAAGUAGUCUGCUGAUGUGAGGUGUGAAGCUUUCUGCCUGAUAACUGAGCUACUGAUCUGCACCUCUGCACAGACACAUAUUUUGUCACUUUCAUUUCAAUCUGUUUUUGGUUUUGGAGAAGUUAAAAAUCCUUUUUUAGGCAGCCAACUUUUGGAGAAAUCGUCCUAUGCGAGAAAUAAAAUGCUUCACUGGUAAAUAGUUUUUUAUUGAUUGGAGUGAACGUGGCUGAAUUCAAUAAUAACACAAACCUGUUACCAAAAAAUAAGUGUCCACAUACUGUAGGUUGUGUCUCGCACUACUACUCCUGUCUGUACUGUAUGUGUAAGGUAAACAUUGAUGUAGAUGUUAGUCGCUUCGUGUGGCCAACCUUACCCACUGUCAGUGCUUUCAUGUCAAAUAGAUGAAAUAGUCGUGAGUAAUUAGAGGGCUGCUGGUAAUUAAUGAGGAUGUGUUUAUUUCCAUGUUUAGCUUUAUGGAGGAGUGUAGUGGAUUGCACUGUUCAGAGUCAUGUUUCUAUAAAAGAACCGUUGAAACAA